AUCCAGAAGCCCAUCCCCCUGGUGCAUCCUCACCGUCCGAUUUUCAUUCACUUCAGCGCCUGGCUCCGUGCACGGUGGUGAAAGAUGGCCUCACCAAGGACAAUAACCAUUGUGGCCCUCUCUUUUGCUCUGGGUUUAUUUUUUGUAUUUAUGGGCACCAUUAAGCUCACCCCGAGACUAAGCAAAGAUGCCUACAGUGAAAUGAAAAGGGCAUAUAAGAGUUAUGCCAAGGCAUUGCCAGGCCUGAAGAAGAUUGGGAUCAGCUCAGUGCUGCUUCGUAAGAUCAUCGGCUCCCUGGAAGUGGGCUGUGGAGUCGUGCUAACCCUAGUUCCAGGCCGGCCGAAGGACGUGGCCAACUUCUUGCUGCUGCUGGUCAUGCUGGCUGUCCUGUUCUUCCAUCAGCUAGUAGGAGAUCCCUUGAAACGGUACGCCCACGCUCUAGUUUUUGGUAUUCUGCUUACCUGCCGACUGCUUAUUGCCCGCCAGAGUGAUGACCGGCCGGAGCGUGAGGACAGCAGAGAGGAACAGCACAUCAAUGAUCAGGAAAAAAACAAAGUCAAGCAAUCUUAAGAUCUUCUUUCAUCUUGAUCCAUGCAACAUUGAAGGGAACCUAGCGAGCUCCUUUGGAUUGUAGUAAUUCAAUUUUUAAAAGGAAACACACUCCUAGUAAUAAUUUCCCUCACACACAUCGUCUGUCUGGCUGGAUGACUGAUAACUCUCACCUGGUCCUCUGCACUCUUUAACUGUGAAACUAAGAACUCCUGACCCAUUGACCCUCUACAUAACUGUGGACAAUCAUAUCUGUGGAAACUGACAAACCCAGCUCAUUGUCACACUAGUUAAUCCAAUUUCUGGUUUAUUUCAGUUUCACACCGUUAAAUGUUUUUUACUUGUAUGAAUUUUAUUGGUUCUGAGUUGAUUUGAGAAUGCUGUUUUCAUGAGUCUUUGUAAUUUGUUUUUAUACCAUAGGAGAGAUGUUAAUGAAUUUCAAGCAUGUUUAAUUUGUUUGAUUACAAUACAUAAACCAAAAAAAUGCACUGUAGAAAUAACUUUGUACCAAUUACACAUCAGCUAGUAUUACAUAUCCACUUGUUAUUUUUGGCGCAGUGCUUAAAAAAUGGCUACUUUAGAGGAAAAAAAAUACAUAUCGAUCCUCAUUCAUUUGUCAUUUCAGUGGAAAUUUGUGGACAUUCACAUUACAUUAUUCCAAAAUAGGCAGAAUAUCAUCUUACUCCGUUCAGCUCAGUCAUGGCAGUGGAGUUGUUUUGGUGAGGAGGACAGUGGUUGCUGUUAAGGUGUCUGCUGUUAGUUCGAACAGCAGAAUGUCACCAGACCAAAUUUUUGCCUGAUAGAAAGGAAAUUUUACAGUUUUUUCACAGCUGAAGUCUUAUGGUCUCAUGGUUUUGUUCUUAUUUUUUCCUCUAAUGAUUUGAAAAGAAUUCCUACUACAGUUGAAAAUGCUGUCAAUAUUUCUGUAAACGAUGUACUUAAAAUAAAGAGUUUAAAGUGA